AUCUCUCUCUUUUAGCUAUGGAAUCCACUGCUCCAUCAAGUGUCAAACCCUCCAAUGUACGACUUCAGUUGGAAGAUUUAGCAUUUGGUUCGGUCGCAGGCAUGGUUGGAAAAGUGAUUGAAUAUCCGUUUGAUACGGUCAAAGUAAAGCUUCAAACACAGUCUGUGCUUCAUCCUCUGUAUGCAGGACCGAUGGCUUGUUUAAAAGCCACUGUACGUCAAGACGGUCUUCCUGGACUCUUCAAGGGUAUGUCUUCGCCCAUCAUCGGAGCCAUGCUGGAAAACGCCAUCUUAUUUGUAGGCUAUCGACAGAUUCAACGCGCCAUUCGAUCGUAUUCACAGACGCCUCCGGAAGAACCUUUAAGCUUAAAUCAACUUGUGUUGGCAGGUGCCAUGGCAGGUACGAUUGUGUCAUUUGUAUUGACACCGGUGGAAUUGAUCAAGUGUCGGUUACAGGUACAAAGGAGUGCGACAGGGCCACGUCAGUUGAUAAAGCAGAUCUACAAGCAGCAGGGGAUGCGUGGAUUUUUCAAGGGAUUUAUGCCUACAUGUGUACGAGAAACAGGUGGUAGUGCAUUUUGGUUUGGAGCCUAUGAAUACAGCUGUCGGUGGAUACUGCUUCAUAACAGUGGUGAUGGGAUACGUACAAAAAAAGAUUUGAGUGCGGCCGAGCUGAUGCUGGCAGGUGCAUGCGGCGGCAUUGCCUAUAACGUGUCUUUUUUUCCAGUGGACGUGAUUAAAUCCCGCAUGCAAAUCUCCACCGGACCCUCCUCGUUUAGAGAGGUUGCCAAGGAGAUUUAUCGAGGUGCUAGGAUGGGAGGGUUUUAUCGCGGAUGCGGUAUGACGGCAGCCAAAAGUGCACCUGCAAAUGCAAUCAUCUUUAUGACCUAUGAACUUUUAACUCGUUAUUUGGGCUCCUCGUAAUUAAUAAAAAAAAAAAAAAAAAAAAAAAGGGCGGCAAAUAGAGUUUCCGGAUCAACA